CAAUAACACAAGACUACCUGCCGCUCAUACAAUCAGGGCGAACAACGCCUCUGGCAUGAUCCACGUUGCGUGAACAUUUUCAGCCCUGUUCUGUGAAUGAAUGAACGACCCUCCCUUGUUGCAGCGACGCCCGCUUCUCAAGACAGAAACAAGCGAGCUGUUGUCAUCACAACCGACCCGCUUUAAUGGGACUUCUUACGCACCAGUGGCAUCGAUCGCGCGCAUCUGAAUGCAUCACCAUUAGAAGCUGUUUUUGAAGGCCAACGGAAUCGCUGAAGGCAUGGACUGAUAGGUGACUGCUGGUGUAGCUUCUCAAUGAAAACAGAGGAUGCUGUAACACAGUAAGGACGCUGGAGUUAUGAAGGCUCGAUGGAUAACUGGCGCUGUCCGUUCAGCACCACCGCCAGUCUCACCUUGCGCCCAAUGACACCAUUCAAAUCUCGAUGACCCUGGGAUGAUUUGAGAUACUGGAUUAUUGUAAGGAGACAGUUCUGCGUUCAUCAUUUCGAGUUAGGUAGCCAGUGUGGAGAAAGCGAUUUUGGAUUUCCAUUGUUGAUCGGUUGGUGAGCUCCGAAGUGUGGCAUAGACGCGCGUUGACGCGCAAGCUGCAUACCCGGCAAUAGCGAUUUCUUUUCUAUAUCCUUUUUUAAAAACAGAAGCAUACGAUCUUGCACUCUUGUUUUCUGAACAUUACAUCGCUGUCAGACGUUUUUAAUUGGUCUGUGCACAUGUGUUGCACGGGUACGGUGAUGAUGCCCGGCGUUGGUAGGAGAUAUGAUUAGAAAGGGACGCGAUGGGCCAAGGCGACGACAAAGAUCGCAUCGUGAUCAACGUCGGAGGAAUCAAACACCAGACCUACCUAAGCACCCUGCGCACCCUGCCCGGCACUCGACUCUCCUGGCUGGCGGAUCCCGACGCUCCAAACAACUUCGACUACGAUGCAAACAUCGGGGAGUUUUUCUUCGACCGUCACCCGGGUGUCUUCGCCCACAUCCUCAACUAUUACCGCACGGGCAAAUUGCAUUGCCCGGCUGACGUGUGCGGACCCUUGUACGAGGAAGAACUGGCGUUUUGGGGGAUCGACGAGACGGACGUGGAGCCGUGUUGCUGGAUGACCUACCGGCGACACCGGGAAGCCGAAGAGGCUUUGGAUAGCUUCACCGGGGGUGCCCUCGACCUCAGCCACGACGAUCUGGAUCCUGAUGGAGUGGCCGAAGCGGCGGAGGGGGACGAGGGGGCCGAGAUGACCCGGAGACUGGCGCAAGGGGACUCGCCCGAUAAAAGAUCGGGCUGCUGGCACCGUUGGCAAAAGAAGGCUUGGGCUCUGUUUGAAGACCCGUAUUCAUCGAGAUACGCGCGGUGGGUAGCAUUCGCAUCACUGUUCUUCAUCUUGGUGUCCAUUACCACGUUCUGUUUGGAGACCCACGAAGCCUUCAACCCCAUCAUCAACCGAACUGAAAUCAUCAAGGUAGGCAACGAAACCGUGGAGCGUGUCUUCCGUGAGACGCAGACCAUGGUGCAGCUAACCUACGUCGAGGGCGCCUGCGUGAUUUGGUUCACGUUUGAGUUUCUGAUUCGAGUGACCACCUGUCCGAACAAACUCAAAUUCGUGACAAACGCCCUAAACAUCAUCGACUUUGUGGCAAUUCUUCCAUUUUACCUGGAGGUGGGGCUGAGCGGUCUGUCCUCCAAAGCCGCGAAAGACGUGUUGGGUUUCCUCCGCGUUGUGCGUUUCGUGCGGAUUCUUCGUAUCUUCAAGUUGACCCGGCACUUCGUGGGGUUGAGGGUACUGGGGCACACGCUCCGUGCCAGCACCAACGAAUUCAUCCUCCUCAUCAUCUUCCUGGCUCUUGGAGUCUUAAUCUUCGCCACCAUGAUCUAUUACGCCGAACGCAUCGGAAGGAACCCCAACGACCCUAACGCCAGUAACGGCACGCACUUCAAGAACAUCCCCAUCGGCUUCUGGUGGGCUGUGGUCACUAUGACCACGCUCGGCUACGGAGAUAUGUUCCCCCAGACGACCUCCGGCAUGCUGGUGGGCGCGCUCUGCGCCCUGGCGGGUGUGCUGACUAUCGCCAUGCCCGUACCGGUUAUCGUCAACAACUUCGGCAUGUAUUACUCUCUAGCCAUGGCCAAGCAAAAACUACCAAAGAAAAAAAGGAAGCAUAUCCCACGAGCACCUCAACUGGGGUCUCCCAACUACUGCAAGUCGGUCAUUAACUCCCCCCAACCCAGUACACACAGCGACCCCUGCCCCCUGGCACAGGAAGAGGUUUCCGAGAUCAAAUAUCAAGUGAUUGGAGAUUUUAAAGUGAACGGGGAGGCGUCCAAAGCGGCCCUGGCCAAUGAGGACUGCCCUCACAUCGACCAGUCCGUGUCGCCCGAGGAAGUAUUCAGCCCCGUGGACCACGAGAAACCGUGCUUCCUGCUCAACUCCGGAAGAGAACGAGCCAAUCACACAGGGGGGAGAGUCAGGAAGGGUUAUGAAAAGCCAUGGAGCCAUAGCAGCAUGUCUGGAGGCGUGGCCUCAGUUUCGGCAUUGCCCUGCAGCCCGCCCAGUCUCAUGCAGCAGGUCCACUCUCCCAUCCCAUCCAUCCUGUAGCAUGGACAACAAAACUAACCAAUCAGAGAACCCUCGCUCGGCAGCGCUGCAGUGAGACGCCCGCUCACACUGUGUACCAUCUCGACUCUCUGUCAUUCUUUUCUCUGUUCUUCUCAUCAACUUCCUAUGCAGCGGCCACUUCAUUCAUUGGACGUCUUAUUCCCUUUCCCCUUCUCUGCAGUUUCAUUGCCUUUCUAUUCUCUUCACACCUCCUUUUCCUUCCUCUGUGUUUCUAAGCUGUGGUUUUCAUUGGGUGCAUCUGGACACCAUAAAAAAGAUGAAAAAAUGGCUAUUUCAUAUAUAGUUCAAUAGGACUUGAAGAGCUGAAGUAACACCCAUCAUGAUUCCACUAAUGCACACGUCACCGACAUAGAAAGUUGACAGAAGAAACUUCAUUUGCAUUUGCAUGCCUCGCAUGGGAAUAUCUGGGAAAAAGAUGCAAGUCAAAUGAAAAUAUGUAAGAAAUAGUUUUUUCAAGCUUCUUGGAAUAUAUCUGAUGCAGAUGAUAUAUAACAUAUGUAGCAAUUACAACUUUUGGUUGACUUUCCUUUAAGCAGAUAUUUUUUGCCUUUCCCUAAACGAUGAUCUCUUGAGCGCUUUAAAUGUUGGUAGCAGCGGUCAGAACGACCAUCAAAAUUUUCCGAUGAAGAUGCAAGCGGCAGUAAUAGCACUUUAACUUUUCUCAUGCAGAGCAUGUAUUCCAAAUAUAUUUCGCUGACCAGCUAAUGAGAUUUUGUGACGGCACACAUUAAAAUUUACCCAGUUACGUUCCCCAACGUUUUUUUAAGGUUUGUUUUUGGUUCUGCGGAAAUAAAACCUUCUGGGAACCAAAUACUAAGGCUAGGGGAACGGUCUGUGUGCUGGGUUGCUGGGCAGUGGACACGUGUGUAUAUCUCAUUUCAAAACAUUGCUUUGACACUGUAGCGCAAUACCACAAUCACCACACACAAAAAACUGUACAGCAUAAAUGUAUUGUGUGUACAUUUGACGUAAAAACGUCUUUUACUAAAGAAAAAUAAAGUAUAAUCGUACUCCUGGGAUUUCUUGGGGAGAGGUAAAUGCAUGCACCUUUAUGCAAAAAAAAGAGAAACGUGCGAUUGAAAAACUGUAAAUAUGAACCUUGCAUGAAAUAAAUUUUGUAUCCAAUCUGUAUAUAGACUCUGUAUGUUAUUUGACAGGAUAUUGCAUACAUGACUCACUUAAACUUCUUGCGCCUUAAACGUGACGUCUCUUUGACCUUUCACCUCUGUUCAUCAAAAUUUUGAUUUUCUUUAGACUUAGGCAUCCGCAUUAAAACAAGCAGUGCCCAAUUCAAUCCUGUUCAAAGUUUACGAUCUAAAGGUCACAAAGGUCAAAGAGUGAGUGUGUCACCUACCGUAGGGCAGGGAUUGAAACAGGAGAGCCGAGCCGCCCGUUCCCUGUUUCGCAUGCCAGUAUUCACGCAUGAUAGACACUGUAUAAAACUCUUCAGCAUGAAUCAACGAGACACCGUAUCAACGAUAACCUGAACUGAAUGCAGCAUGGGAGAACGCAUGGUAAACCCCACGUUUACCAUGAGGCCGAGAUGGCAGCUCACUCGCUUGAGUCCUCGCGCAUCAACUUGGAUGCUUGCACGGUUCGAGUGCCAAAAAUCCCGUUCUCUUUCUCCAUCCCAACCCCCCGAUGUUUCAGUGCUGUUCGUUUGGUGUAUUAAUAUGAUUUCCUUGUUGUUUUGUUGUUGUUGUUUUCUCUUUUUAUCUGUUUUUAGAGACCCAGCGCGCCAAACGAAGCAGACAACCGACCCAGUCAGUGUGUGUAAUGAACCACGGUGUUCCAACCACUAUGUGUGUCAACCAUAAACCCACA